AGACAGCCACUCGUCGACGGCAGCGGCUCGCAGCGCAACGUAGUGUAGCGACGUCCCGUGGCUACGAGCCCUCCGCUCUCGACUCAUUUGUUAAGCCGUAAAAAUGAAUGUGAUCGCGAAGUCGACCACGCUCUCGCCGUUUCUGCGAGCAACGGCCACAGCUGUCUCGAAUGGCGGCAAGCCAGUCGCCGCGACCGGUAAAGUUCUGAAGCCAAAAGUCGCCGUUCCGCCUACCGUCGUACGGGUUCACAGUCAAAGUUUCUAUCAGGAUCUCCUUAGCGGACCUACAUGCAUAAGCUCGGGAGUUGCAGUCAGUACACAGGUGCAUCAGCGGCGUUUGGCGCAUACCGAUAUCCAGUUUCCAGAUUUUAUAGAUUACCGCAGGGAUGAAACCAAAGAUCCAAGUUCAAAGUCAAAAGAGAACGCAUCAUCCCGGAAGGGUUACUCGUAUCUCAUAUCAGCUGGUGGCUGUGUGGCAAGUGUAUAUGGUGCCAAGGUGCUAGUAUAUGACAUGGUGAGCAUGCUGAGUGCAUCAGCUGAUGUGCUUGCUAUGUCAAAGAUUGAGAUCAAGCUCGACACAAUUCCUGAGGGAAAGAGUGCAGUCUUCAAAUGGCGUGGAAAGCCUCUGUUUGUACGACACAGGUCAGGGACAGAAAUCUCGAAGGAAACUCAGGUGGAUGUCGCGAGUCUUCGUGACCCGGAGGAGGACAGCGCACGAGUGAAAGACCCCAAGUGGCUAGUUGUUCUGGGGGUGUGCACACAUCUGGGUUGCGUACCCAUCGCUAACGCGGGAGACUUUGGUGGUUAUUACUGCCCGUGCCAUGGUUCUCACUACGAUGCCAGCGGCAGAAUCAGGAAAGGGCCUGCACCAUUGAACCUCGAAGUACCGCCCUAUGAAUUCCUGGAAAGCAAUUUACUCGUUGUUGGUUAAUGAUUGUCCAAGACCUGUAGUCAAAUAAUAAAUAUUUAUGAUAAAACGCUCCGCGUACGCAGAUGCGUAAGACCUGUUACCGUCGAUAAGAGAGGGAGCGUAUUUUGUAUUAUAGCCCUUGAGAGAUUUUCGGACGCCGAUUGAACUCUAAAUGGUCGUAUGAGCUACUGUACCGAAUUUAAAAUAAAUUACUGUUAAAUAAGAAA